CCUGCAAUACAAUACCGAUUGAUCUGGAAAAAUCACGCUCUCUAUCGUUGACCCAUUGCCUACAGAAACACGAGAGACUAGUGUCUAGUCUUGCCUACUACUGCCGGUUUGGGAAGUCCGAACAGUCGGCCAAUGACAUCACACUAAGACCUGGAGCUUGAAGCUUCCUAGUGGGGUUGAACGCGACUGCCCCUCGACGCGAACGACAUAUAUAUCAGGCGUCUCGUCUUCUCCAUUCGCACUCAAUCACUUUAACCACCGGAACAAUAACACUGCCAAUAUGAUUAACCUCGCGAUCAUCGGAACCAACUGGAUCACCCAUUCUUUUGUUGAAGCCGCACACGCGACUGGGAAAUACAACCUGUCCGCAGUCUACUCACGAAAGGAAGAGACUGCCAAAGAGUUUGCAUCCAAGUACGAGGGCAAGCAAAUCACCACAUACACCGACCUCAAUGCCCUAGCACAAGACAAGAUUGACACAAUCUAUAUCGCCAGCCCGAACAUCCUACACUACGAGCAAGCCAAACUGUUUCUCAAUGCAGGCAAGAAUGUCAUCUUGGAGAAGCCCUCAUGCAGCACAGUCGAGGAGUUGGAUGAUCUGUUCAAGCUAGCCAAACAGAAGAAGGUCGUUCUUGUCGAGGCGUUCCGCCACAUCCAAGAAGCAAAUUUCAAACUCCUCAAGGAAAAGAUCUCCGACCUUGGUCCCCUGUAUGGCGCCUCUAUCACCUUCGCCCAGUACUCUUCACGCUACGAGAAGGUCCUGCAAGGCGAAGUACCAAACAUCUUCAACCUCGAGAUGGGCGGUGGCGCUCUUGCCGACUUGGGGGUAUACUGUGUGGCUGCAGCCGUCGAUCUCUUUGGCGCACCCACCUCUUCGCAGUACUACCCUGUCAAGAUCGCAACGGGAGCUGACGGUGCCGGUCGCUUGAUUCUCCACUACCCCAACUUUACUGUACACCUCUGCCAUUCCAAGAUCUACAACUCUGAUGCACCAUCUGAGAUCUAUGGCGAGAAGGGCACCUUGAUUGUACCAACCAUCACCGACAUCGACAAGAUCACUUUCUGGGAUCCUAAGAAGAAGUCACGGGAAGAAGUACAAGGAGUCAAGACGCCUGAGAAGCUGAACUUGAUUGAAGAGGCAAGAGAGUUUGCGAGAUGCAUUGAAGAUAAGGACGAGGCUGCGCUAGGGAGACUGGAGCAGCAUAGCAGGGAUACUUUGGCGAUCAUGCAGAAGGUCAGGCACGACAAUGGCCUUGUCUUCCCAGGAGGAAAGUAAAAGCCUGGUUUUGUAGUCGAUAAUAACAACAUCCUCGGAUGAAGAUUGUUUCAAGUCACUUUAUCGUAGGCUGCAUGCUUCCGUCGGU